AGCCUCGGGGGCGGGGAAGCUGGCGACAGGGCCGCAGGGGUCUUGUGGCCCUGCAGAAUCGUGGGCAGCGGGACCCGGCAGUCAGCAGAGGAACAUGGCGCCCUGGACACUCUGGCGCUGCUGCCAACGCGUGGUGGGCUGGGUUCCGGUGCUCUUCAUCACCUUUGUGGUCGUCUGGUCCUACUACGCGUACGUGGUGGAGCUGUGCGUGAGUACUAUUUCCAGAACAAGAGAAAAAGGAAAGACCGUUGUUUACCUUGUGGCUUUCCAUCUGUUCUUUGUUAUGUUUGUAUGGUCUUAUUGGAUGACAAUAUUCACAUCUCCUGCUGGCCCUUCCAAAGAGUUCUACUUGUCAAACUCUGAGAAGGAGCGUUAUGAGAAGGAGUUCAGCCAAGAAAGACAGCAAGACAUUUUGAGAAGAGCAGCAAGAGACCUGCCUAUCUACACCACAUCAGCUUCCAAGGCUAUCCGAUAUUGUGAAAAAUGUCAGUUGAUUAAACCUGACCGAGCCCAUCACUGCUCAGCAUGUGACAGAUGUGUUCUUAAGAUGGAUCAUCACUGUCCAUGGGUGAAUAACUGUGUUGGAUUUACUAAUUACAAAUUCUUCAUGCUGUUUUUGUUGUAUUCUCUACUAUAUUGCCUUUUUGUGGCUGCAACAGUUUUAGAGUAUUUUAUAAAAUUUUGGACGCUUUGCCGCAGGAAAUCUACAGAGAAUUGCCCAAAGAAUGAACCAACAGUUUCAAAUUUCCCCAGCGCAAAGUUCCACGUACUGUUCCUUUUCUUUGUGUCUGCAAUGUUCUUUGUCAGUGUGCUCUCACUAUUUAGCUACCAUUGUUGGCUGGUUGGAAAAAAUAGAACGACAAUAGAAUCAUUUCGUGCACCUAUGUUUUCUUAUGGAAUAGAUGGAAAUGGUUUCUCUCUUNGAUGCAGUAAAAAUUGGAGACAAGUCUUUGGUGAUGAAAAGAAAUACUGGCUAGUUCCAAUAUUUUCGAGUUUGGGUGAUGGUUGCAGUUUUCCAGCUCACCUUGUAGGGAUGGAUCCAAAACAAGCUUCUGUUGCAAACCAGAGUGAAUACAUCAGAAGUAUUGGCUCAAAUCAACCUUUUCCUAUCAAACCACUUAGUGAAUCAAAAAACCGCUUGUUGGAUAGUGAAUCUCAGUGGCUAGAGAAUGGAGCUGAAGGAGUCACCAAAUCAGGGACAAAUAACCAUGUUACAGUGGAAAUAGAAAAUUGAGUACUACUUGUUCAUAACUAACCAUUUGAUGAGUGCAAGGUAUAUAAAAACACAUUUUGGACUAUUUUCAAUUUUAUUUGCAAGAAAAUGAUGGAUGGAAUGAAAUAUUUGAAGUAUAACAGAAGAUAUACUUUUAAAAGGAAGUGUUUGUACAGUUUGAUGGAUCCACAGAAGCCCUGCAGAGCAGAAAGAUGCCUUAANUUUUAGUGUCCAUUUGUGUGACAUUGCCCUACAGCUCAAAAGUGACUUAACUUUCCUUUGGAAAUAACGCCUGUUUUACAAUGCUGUCGUCACAUGUUAACAUGCCAUAUAUAUUUUUAACAUCUGAGUUACAACAUUAGAGCUAUUUCUUAGUAUCCACAUAAAUUUUCACCCCAAAAACACAAACUAAAAAGCUGUCUGUGGUAAAGUAUACCUAGGGAAAACGGGGGCUAAAAAUGAUACCUAAAUCACUUAUUCUUGUGCUGCAUAAGGGAAAGAAAUACUGCUUUUUUAUUAGAUGUUUACUAAUUUAUAAUUACUGUUUUAUACUUUUCAGCAUUUUAAUAAAGAUUUUUUAAUUAUUGGCUAUAAAAUAACACUCAGAAGGAUUCAGANACCUAAAUAUAAUCAUUUAGAACAUUGAAGAUACUAAUAUAAUUCAGUGAAGGUUUAGUUAGAAGCAUUAAUACUUCUAAUUAGUACUUUUAAAAGCCAAGUGGCACAUGCCUAUGAUCCCAGCACUCAGAAGGCUGAGGUAAGAUUGCUGUGAAUUUGAGUCUAGCAUUGGUUACAUAGGGACCAUAUCCAAAAUACAGAAUAAUACAACCAUGUGGUGUAGUGUGAGCCCAAGGCUCAAAGGAAACAUGGUGGAAACAACUACACUUUGGUAUUCUCUGCUUUUUAAUUACUAGUUGUUGAGUGUUCAAGGGAAUUUUUUAUGGGCAGGGAAGCACAGAGGUUCAUGUUCUAUCCAAAGACCUAACAUAUAUAUAAAUAGGUGGGAGUGACUAGAAAAAAAGAGAAUGAAGGAAGGAGUAUUAUAAACUAAACAAAAUUUCAUCGCUAAAAGUAUAUAGACUACAACAUGCUAUUAAAGAGGAUUUCAUUUAGGCAAUGUCUAAAAAUUACUGUGGUACUUUACAGUAAUCCUCUGAGUAAACAGUGACUUAAAAUGCAGUUCAGAUAAGGAUGAAAUAAGUAAAACAAAAACCCGAAUUCCCAGUCGUGGGCUGGAGAAAUGUUUCAGUAGAUAAAGGUCCUUGCCCUCAGACCUACAACCUGACAUCAGUCACAUUCUGGAAGAAGAUAACUAACUCCCACACGUUGUGCUCUGGCAUUUACAUGUACACUAUGGUGCACAUAGACUCUCUUUUCAAAUGAUAGUAUUAUUUUUAGCACCUAGUGGCUUUAAUAGAAAUGGCUAUAUUUAGGAGAUUAGUCCACUGGUCUAUAAAAAGGCAAUGUAGAGAUGCUAUUUUUGGUUUAUACCAUUUAUCAAAGAAACAAGCCCAAAAUGAUUGCUUGAGGUGGCUCAGUAGAGAGAUGUCUCUGAUGUGCUGCUGUCUAGGAUGUGGCUAUGCAGUGUCUUUGUGUGCAAUAGGAUUGUGGAGGAGAGGGCAUCCUGCAUGAGUUGAACUAUAGGACGCCCAACAUUACCCAGUGUUGAAGUUUGCAAAUAACCUUGCUUUUCAUUUACCCACCAAGUAGCUCUCAAGUCCUCUGAAUAUCAAACAUUAUACUAAAGAUAGUGCUGUGAUCCUAAUCCUGCAUAAAUCAAGGUCGCUGCUGUUGUAACUUUGCAAUUUGGGAAGUUUGUUGAAUUCCCAUUGACUGCACUAAUUCUGAAUCUUAAGUAACUUUCCCUUUGGACCAAAGGAGUGAGUUAGCUUUGGUACCAUGGUUUAAAGUUGUAUGUAGUAUGCAUUCCUCUUCAUUUCAGCUCUUUUGACUUUCAUUCUAAAAAAACAAUGACUUAAGAGAUACCAGUUACUGCUAGGCAUGCUGGAGCAUGCUGGCCAUCUCAGCACUUGGGCGUGUGAAUCAAGUUGGUCUAGAUCAUUCUCAACAUCAAAAGUAGCCUGUGCUGCAGAAACCUGUGUCAGACAACCAAGAGAGGAAAAAGGGUCAAUUACUAACCAGAAAUGCAACUUCAGUUUGGUAGUGUGCAUGCUGCUUUCAGAAAUGUUCUAGUAUUUCAGUAUUUCUAUAUUUAUAUCAAGGGAUUUGCAUGCACCUGGCAUAAUUUGCCCCUUUAACAUACUAUUAUGUAGAAGUAUCAAAUUUCUGAGUUCUUAUCAUUUGUUAGNAUAGUAAAGCCAUUUCUAGUUUUCCACUUAGGUAGCCUUUAUAGCCAGCUUUUUGCCACAUUCUAAAAUAUUUAGCUGCCUUUUGUUGUUUUGGUUUUUGUUUCAUUUUAGUGCUGGGAAUCAAAUCCAGGGCCUUCUGCAUACUAGGCAAGUCCUCUACCACUGAGCUACAUCCCUGGCCCAGGCUGAAGCUGUUCAUAUGUGUCAGCGAACUGUUCAUUAGGGGCCAGCAAGUGGUAUGUAAAUCAGGGAAAGGCUGGCUGUUUAGUAUGUGAACUGGCGUUGAGUCUGCUAUAUCAGUGUGUGUGUGUGUGGGGGGGGUACUACAUUGAAACAAAGCUUUGCCAAAAUUUCAAACACUUGAACAUUUGUGAAAAAAAUGGAGUUGAAUUUCAGGUCUUGCCCUUGCCAUUAAAAACAUCAGACAGGACACUUGUUUUACCUGGGUACAGANGUACUUGACUGUUGAGUACCUGCGGCACCUGACCCCGUCACUGUGCCAACCAAAGCAGCUNCAGUGUACCAGCUAUUGACAUGAACAUGUUUACAAAGUUGUUUUGUCUUCAUAAAAGAAUGAUUUUUAAAAAACUUUUUACAUAGUUAUGACUCAGUGUGUUAAAAGCAUAACAAGUUAGCUUAAAUAUAUGGUCUUUACUUGAAUUUUAAUUCUUANAGAAAGCAAAUUUUGACUGUUUACAGGAAUGCUUGAAAUGAGUCAAGAGGUCUCUAGUUCUCUCUGAAGCAAAGCUAUGUUACAGGCUUAGUGUUAGAGCCUGCUUAUUUGGGGUAUUGGAUAGGCAGUAACUCAAAACUACGCUUCGCUCACAUCUUCUAUAAAGUAGUACUUUUGCGUGGAUAAGUAUUUUUAACUGAUAUUAAGAAAUAUUUUUGCAUUUCAGUCAAACUAAUAAGAAAAUAUGUAAAAGUACAAAUAAGAUGUAAAUCUGAAAUUCAUGUUUCAUAUGAUCUAAGCUGUAUUUUUAAAUUCAAAUUUAAAACACAGUAGAGAUUCAGAAAGGUCCAUAUUUUUCUAAUGACUUCAUGCUACAUUAUUUUCUCGAGUUACGUAAAGCAAGGAAUUGUAUUGAGGAGCUAAGAAAGCUGUUAGUUUAUUAUAUUUGUAUAUGAUUACAGACAANCCUGUGCCCAUUUAAAAGAAAAGAUGGAUACUAUUUAAGGUGAUAUUUAAUAUGUUUUUCUAUAAACAAGUUUGAAAUAUAGGUUGCCUUAGUUGUCUUAUCAGUAGCAUAGCCUUCUAUUUAUUUCUCAUUAUGUGAACCUGGACCAUGACCAGUGACUCUUGGCUCUGUAUUUUGGAUGGCCUAACCUACAUUACUAUGUGUGCAUUUUACAACUUUUUUUUCAGAAACCAUAAUUACCUUAUUAAUAAACAGAUAAAGAUAUUGCCUUGUUUUUUAAUGGGUUUUUUUUUUGCUAUUAUAUUUGUCAGAUGAGAAAAUAAUUGUCAUUGUCAUUUUGAUCC